CCCUUCCCUUACCCUCACACCACUUCUCAACAAUGGCUGCUACAAAACUCAUCCUCGGCUUCUUCCUUUGCCUCCUCGGCACCACCGUCCUCGCCACCACCCGCGCUCCCCGCCUCGGCAGCCCUGAGUUCUGCAACCUCCAGCAACUCUACACCUCCCAACCCAAUCAACGCCUCGAGUUCGAAGGUGGUUCCAUCGAGCACUACUGGAAUUUCAACGAUGAACAAUAUCAGUGUCUUGGAACGUAUCCGUCCAGGAUGACGUUGCAACCCAACUCUCUUUUCCUUCCGAGCUUCCAAUCAUACCCCCGUCUACUCUUCAUUGAACAAGGUGAAGGGAUUGUAGGAAUCCAACUUCCAGGAUGUGCUGAGACAUUUGACACUGGAGUGCAGCAACAACACAUGCAACAGCAGCAACAACAUCAGCAGCAACAGCAACAACAACAACAGCAGCAGCAACCACGAAGGAUGGGUGAACGGGGUAUGGAUUCCUCGGCAGACUCGCACCAGAAAGUACAUCGGUUCCGAGAAGGAGACAUCAUUGCCAUUCCUGCAGGUGCUGUCUACUGGACUUACAAUGAUAGGAACCAAGAAGUUGUAGCUAUCAUUGUUGAUGACGUCAACAACCCUGCCAACCAGCUCGACUUUCAAGCUAAGACAUCUUUCCUAGCUGGAGGCAUUUCAAGCGAGCACAUUCAAGGACAACAACAGUUUCAAGGACAACAAGGAAGACAAGGACAACAACAGAUUCACGGACAACAAAGCAGACAACAAGGAAGACAACAAGGCAGAAGGAGAAGUCCCUUUGGCGGGCAGGAGGAACUGACCAGAGACAAUGUAUACGCUGGUUUCGAUACUGAAUUACUCGCAGAGGCGUUUAACUGCGACCCUCAAAUCAUGAGGGCACUGCAGGAGUCCAGAAACCGCGGGGUUAUUGUCCAGGUACAGCAACAGAUGGAAUUCGUCACCCCUGAGGAAGAACAACAACAAAUGCACCAACGUAGAUCAAGAGGAGGACCAUCCAACGGUGUGGAAGAAACAAUAUGCAGUGCUAAACUUGUGUUCAACUUGGAUAACCAAAGAGAGGCUGAUGUCUUCAACCGCCAAGCUGGAAAACUCAACAUGGUCAACGAACACAAACUGCCCAUUCUAUCUCUCAUGGACCUCAGUGCCGAGAAAGGACACCUUCAACCGAAUGCAUUAUUCUCGCCACACUGGACAGUGAACAGCCACACAGUCGUCUACGUGCUCAACGGAGACGCACAGAUCCAGGUGGUGUCGAACAACGGUGAAGCUGUGUUGAACGAGCAAGUGAGCAGAGGUGACAUUUUCCCAGUGCCACAGUUCUUCGCAGCAACUGCUCGAGCUGGACAGAAUGGGUUCGAGUGGGUGGCGUUCAAGACCAACAGGGCUCCACUGAAGAGCCCAUUAGCCGGGUACACAUCGGUUUUCCGAGCCAUGCCGCUUGAGGUGAUCACCAACUCGUAUCAGGUGUCACCGAACCAGGCUCAGAGCUUGAAACUCAACAGGGAGACCGAGAGCCUACUGUUUUCUCCACAGAGGCAGUACUAGGCGAAGUAAAUGUCCGAGUACGAUGAGGCAGGCCUAUAAGCUAGACUAAGGUGGUGUCCUUUCGUUGUUUGUGUGUACGAGAAUAAAUAAAACUGUAUGAAUAAGAAGUUCAGAUGUUAUGGUUUUGUAUGUAAA